AUGCGCGACGCGCGCGACGACGACUUUCUCGAUUGGAUGCGCGCGCGCGGGGUGACGCGCGACGACGCGCGGUGCGCGGUGCGCGGCGACGGCGACCGCGGACGAUUCGUCGAGUGCGCGCGCGCGACGCUGGCGGUCGGGACGACGCUGGCGACGAUACCGAAGAGCGCGUGCCUGACGACGGCGACGAGCGCGCUGGGCGCCAUCGAGGGCGCGCGCGGAAGCGGGGUCGUCGGUCUGUGCGUCGCGGUGGCGCACGAGCGGUCGUUGGGAGCGAAAUCGACGUUUGCGGCGUAUUUAAAGACGCUGCCGGCGCGAGAGGCGCUGCCGUCGACGUUCGCGGCGGACGACGAGGCGCGGAGAGCGCUGCGGGGGACGACGGUGGAGGGGAUGCUCGGGGCGGACGAACGCGCCAUCGCGGAUGAUUAUCACGCGUUCGCGCGCGAGAUGAAGGAGCGAUUCGCGCGGCGCGGCGUGAAGAUGCCGACGCUGGAGGAGUUCAGGGACGCGGCGACGCUCGUCGCGAGUCGCGCGUUCUUCGUGGACGACGCGCUCGGGCAGGGGUUGGUGCCUUUCGCUGAUUUGUUUAAUCAUAAAGGCGGUUCAGACGGCGCUCAUUUUAACGUCGUUGGAUGCGAUGACGCGGACGCGGAUGCGCUGACGCUGGUGACGUGUCGAACGGCGAAGCGGGGCGAAGAAUUAUUCAACUCGUUCGGCGACGACCACGACAACACCGUGUUGUUGUAUAAAUAUGGGUUUGUCGAACGCGAUAAUCGCGUCGCUACGAGUUCAUUCGGCUUUGGGCUGUUGCGCGACGCCGGCGACAUCUCGUUCGAGAGCGUUCAUAGUUGGAUGACUGAGAGUUACGACGGGGUGGAUGAGCUCGAAGUCGACGCCAACGGCGCCAUGUCGCGCCCACUUUUAGCUUUACUUCGAAUCGCGUCGUUCGAAUUUCUUAGAGACGUGGACAGCGGUGAUGACGAAAGUCAUUCGGACGAUGUAGACUAUGAUACAUCGAUCGGCGUUUUGCUCGAGCGCACGAUGGCCGGAGACGAGUCCGAGGCUGAGAUUCUGGCGAGUGUCGACGACUACGUCGUACUGGCGUUAUUUCGUGGAAGAUUCAACGCAUAUCUCGACACAAAAGACGAAGAUCGUUGUGAUGACGAUGUUUCAUCUUUGUUACGAGAUGUAGCGCGCGAGAUCAAACGAUGCGCAGACUUGGCGAAUGAUGCGAGCGGAGUACGUCAACAGUUUGGGUCUGGGAUAAGCGGCGUGGCCGCUGCGUAUCACGUUCGCGCGGACGAGCUCGGGUUACUCAUGAAAGCAAUAAUUCGCGCGUUUGACUUCGGAGACGACGAAGAAACCAACGAAGACGUUCCAGAUACAAAAAAGCCCAAAUUAGUAGAAGUGGUGCCAGCGUACGCGCCGACCAUUUACAUCAAACCGAAAGAGUAG